CUCUCCUCUCCUCUCCUCUCCUCUCCGUCUUUUUGCCUCAGCUGAGCAGAAGCAUCACACCUCUCCCCAUUGCUGUAGAGGUAUGUUCUUUCACAGCUUGCUCUCCUGUCUCUCUGUUUUCAUAGCAUGAGGAAAGAGAUGGAACAUGGAUGGAAGAGAAUUCAAAAAAUCUCUUACAUCAAGGUAGGGAUGUAAGAGAUCCUGUCCUUGGUGGGGACAGUGAGCAGUGGGGCCAGCAGUGGUUGGUUACAGCCCUGUGGGUUACUGAAGUCCCUUCUUGGUUUGCUCUCUUUCUUGCCACAGUUGGGAGUUGGAGGAUCAGACACUCUGCUCACCUAGAUCCUGGGGGCAUGGAGGAAAACCUGAAUUCUACUACUCAUUAUCUUGCUGGAGUUAAGCACAGAUCCAUUCCCCCUGUAGAUGCCAUGAGCCCAGUGGCUUCCUUUAUUCUGCAUCCAGUGGGCCAUGGACAUCAUCUGGCUUGGAAGCUGGGAUUUCUCUUGGUGGGAGAGAUUGUCCCAUUCUGUAAGGCUGGAGGCUCACCAGCUGCUGCUUUGGUCAAGGAAGCAGGGCAUCGAUGUUGGAUUCUGAGUGCGUUAGCUCAGAUGUUCAGCACAAUCCUUGGGACUGGUUCCCUUGUAUUUCAAGUGGUGCCAGCCAGGGUUUUUCUGGGGUAUUACACAGAACCAUAGAAUAACGAAGGUUGGAGAAGACCUCUAAGAUCAUACAGUCCAAACAUCAGCCCAUCCCCACCAUGCCCACUAGCCAUGUCCCUCAGUGCCACAUCCACACGGUUCUGGAACACCUCCAGGGACGGGGACUCCACCACCUCCCAGGGCAGCACCACUCUUUCUACCAUAAAGAUCCUGGAGAGUGAAGAUAUGCUACAAAAGCUGAAAAUGUUCCUGAAAUCCUUUGAACUUUGUUCCCUGGGUCACAUACAUUCACCUCCUUGCGUUUUCUUGCUUUGUACCUUCAGGUUGGCUUUCCAGCAAAGGGCUGGGGCAGCAGCUAGGUCUGUCUCUUUGCUGGCUCAGGGGUAUCAGGGAAGAUUGUCAGAAUUUCAUGGGUGACCUCUCACGGUUACAAGAUUGGCAUUGCUCUUUUUCAUCCCCAGUGAGAAGGGAAAGUGAAGAAGUGAACAACCACAUGCAUCUGGAAAGGAAAUCAAGCUACAAAAUGGCAGAAUUGGUGGGAACAUUCUAACCUGUUGUGUGAAUAGAACAUGUAUGUGUCCCAGUGCAUGAGCAGCAAGAAGUGAAUGACUAUGAGGUAGUCCUCAUCAGAAGACCUCGUAUUUGCCUUCAGGAUCAAUCCAACAUAUCCAAGGAAGUUCAGCCUAGUCAUCUUGGUGAGAACCCACAGAGAUGGAGAUGUUGCGAGGACCCCAUCUUUAGGGUUCAAGCUGGCAUGACCUGCCCUGCAGUGGUACUCUUCUGGAGCUAAUGUCCUCCAUCCUCAGGAUGCUCCUGACCUCUUGCAUCUCCUUCUCCACACUUGGGAUGCUCUUUUUACAGCAUCUUGACCCCAUGAUCCCAGGCCAGCUUGUUGCAGUGCACUGGGGUCCCCACCAGACUCCAUGACAGGGACCAAGGACAUGCUGGGGAUGUGGAGGCCGUAAGAGCAUCAGCGGUGGUGGGGGGAAGGAAGGGGAGCCCAGCCCUGGGGUGCAUCACUUCACAUCCCUCCCUGUGCCCAGCAAACCCAAUCCCAGGGGGUUGAGCUCUCUAUCCCCACUGGGGGAAAGCAGGGAACGCCGAGUUGGGGUGGGGGGCUGCAGCAUCCCCUCCCCACCAGCCCUGACUGUGUCCUGGCUCUGAGCAAUGCUUGGCUCCACCUUCCACCCUUCCCUCCCCCGGUGCUAAGCAGCAAAGCCAGCUAGAGGCAUCCAGCCGGGGCAUUAGUAAAAACCAAGCCUCCCUCCAGGAAUGGCACUUGCCUGAGCACCUCCCCGGCAGCACGCCCCACAGCCGGAGGGAGAACAGGGGGGCACUGGGACAGGAGCCACAGCCUUCACAGGGUUUGCUGCCCGCAUCAGCCAGCAACGUAAGUUUUCCUACCUGAGCUCACUGGCACGCACAUUUAUUUUUCCUACUUUCCGCCACUUUUUCAAUUUCCCCAGUGAAGAUUUGUGUCAUCCCCCAAAAGCGGAGCGACAGCAGGCUUUGCUCCUCAUUGUCUUUAGCAGCUAAACGAGAGGCACGUUUUUCUAUAACUUCCUAUUUUCUCUUUCUUUCCUCCUUUUAACUACUGCCUAGUGGAGAGAUGUUGGGGGGGGGAGGGGGGCGUUUUUUUUAGAACAUUUCUUUUUCAAAUCAGGGGACAGCGAUGCUGUGGCAGGGACUUACAGAGGUGACUGCAGACAGUGGGAGAGGAGGGGUGGACAGGGCAGACAGCUCAGGUCCUGGGCUUCUCUCCAAGCUGAACUUCAUGUGUGUUUGCAUCUACAUAUAUACGUGCAUAUGUGCACGAAUAUGCUUAUUUAUAUGUACAUAUACAAGGAUGUGUUUGGGGAUGCGAAGUGGGUGUGUUUUAAGUCUUUGCUCCAAGAGCAGCAAGCAGUGGCCAAGUGGUGGAGUGUCGCAGAGGCACUUUCUCCUGCUGCUCCUGGGGCUUUGGAGGUGGCCGGGAGAUGGGAGAUCUGUCCCUUUGGUUUAUCUCCCAUGGAGAGCUGCAAGCAGGCAGGAUGCUCUGCUCUCCCUUCUGUGGGGUCCCCAGAACCCCUAGUCCUCCAUGGUCUGGAGCGGUCACAGGCAUGGGCUGACGGUUGGACUAGAUGAUCUUAGUGGUCACUCCAACCUUAAUGAUUCUAUGAUUCUAGGAUUCCUUGGCACAGCUGGGCAGCGGCCGCAGUCCCCUCUGCACAUGCCUGUUUGGUACAUUUGCAGAGAUAAGAGCUCCCGAUGGGUCAGGGCCCCGACCCAUCCCCACCCCCAUCGAUCACGGGUUUUGCGGUGUGCACGGCAAUUGCUUUGCUUGCGCUUUUAUCAAGCAGCCCCUGUCUCGUGGUCUGCUCUUCGGAGAGUGUGGAGUCCCAGUCGGAUUUGGUGUUCGCUUUUUAUUUUCUCUCUUUUCCUUCUUUUUUUUUCCUUUCUUUUGUUUUUCUCUUCCUCCUUUCCCUCCCCAGUGAGAAGAAGGAAGUGACCAUGGCCAAUGACCAAGAUCUGUCGGAGGUGGAGAUGAGCCCAGUGGGUUCUGAAGACCACCACUGCCUCUCGCCAGGACCAUCUAUGGCAUCGGACAACUCUCCACACCUUGCCAGCUCUGGGAAUGGGGAGAUGGGCAAGGUCAAGAAGGAGCAGCAAGACUCGGAGGCGGAUGAUGACAAGUUCCCUGUCUGCAUCCGUGAAGCGGUCAGCCAGGUGCUGAGCGGCUAUGACUGGACCCUGGUACCCAUGCCUGUUCGGGUCAAUGGAAGUAACAAGAGCAAGCCCCACGUCAAGAGGCCCAUGAACGCCUUCAUGGUCUGGGCGCAGGCUGCCCGGAGGAAAUUGGCUGACCAGUACCCGCACCUCCACAAUGCUGAGCUCAGUAAGACCUUGGGGAAGCUCUGGAGGCUGCUGAAUGAAAGCGAUAAGCGACCCUUUAUCGAAGAGGCGGAGCGGCUGAGGAUGCAGCACAAGAAGGACCACCCCGACUACAAGUACCAGCCACGGAGGCGGAAAAAUGGCAAGGCCACGCAGGGCGAGGGCGAGGGCCAGGUGGAGGGGGAAGCUGGUGGAGCCGCUGCUAUCCAGGCUCACUACAAGAACACCCACCUGGACCACAGGCAUCCUGGGGAAGGGUCGCCCAUGUCCGAUGGGCACCCAGAGCACUCUUCAGGUCAGAGCCACGGCCCUCCCACUCCUCCCACCACUCCUAAGACCGAGCUGCAGGCAGGCAAAGCUGACUCCAAGCGAGAAGGGCGUUCCCUGGGGGAAGGGGGAAAGCCACACAUUGACUUUGGCAAUGUGGACAUCGGGGAGAUCAGCCAUGAAGUGAUGUCCAACAUGGAGACCUUUGACGUCAACGAAUUCGACCAAUACCUGCCACCCAACGGACACGCUGGCCACCCAGGACAUGUUGGGGGCUAUGCGGCGGCCGCUGGCUAUGGCCUCGGGAGCGCCCUGGCUGCGGCCAGCGGACACUCAGCCUGGAUCUCCAAGCAGCAUGGAGUCUCCUUGUCCGCUACCACAUCACCGGUGGUGGACUCCAAGGCCCAGGUGAAAACGGAGGGGUCUGCCCCUGGAGGUCAUUAUACCGAUCAGCCCUCCACCUCCCAGAUAGCUUACACAUCCCUGAGUCUGCCCCACUAUGGUUCGGCCUUCCCCUCCAUCUCCAGGCCCCAGUUUGACUAUCCUGAUCACCAGCCCUCAGGACCCUACUACAGCCACUCCAGCCAAGCCUCCGGCCUCUACUCUGCCUUCUCCUAUAUGGGACCUUCCCAGCGUCCUCUUUACACCGCCAUCUCUGACCCUGCACCCUCCGUGCCACAGUCCCAUAGUCCCACACAUUGGGAACAGCCUGUGUAUACGACUCUCUCUAGACCAUAGGGAAUGGGGAACAGUGACCAAAGCAGCGACGGAAAGGCUCCGAAGAAUCAGCACAGGCAGAAGAGCCUCCGAACUCCGAGGUCACUCAGUGCCACCAUCCAGCCACCAGAACCCACUGAAUAUCUGGAAGUGCCUUUCUUGACCCCGGCUAUCGCUGGCUCACCCGCCUACAGGAAGGUUUUUCGUCCUUUCGCCCUGUACCGAUUUCACGCAGGCCACACAACUGGCUUGCGACACCUUAUUGGCCUUCUAGAUGAGGAAGACUCAAGACAUGGAGUGACGGGUCCGUGGUGGGCUUCGUUGUGCGCACCCUGGACUGUAAGAGGAGAGAGACUGUCCUUUCCUUCCCCUCCCCAACCUCCUCCAGCGAAUUAGCAAGUGUUUCCAAAAGGCCACCACAGCCAACUCUUUGUCAGCUGCUGCGGGUGAAGGGUGCUUGCUCAGCCUUGGUGAACAUGUCACGGGAGGAGGAGUCGGGAGGACGGCAUGGCCGGCUUCCUUGCAUCAGUGUUGUGCAGCAGUCCUGCCUAAGAUUCACACAUGCAUGAAUCUUGAUCCCUGCUGGAAGACCAACUUACGCUUGCUUCCCUGCUGAUUUCCACAGCUGCACGCUAGCUUUUCUCCCUGCCUCUUCCCUCAGUCCCGUCUGUUUAAUCCCACACUCCCUCCUGCAUGGAUUUUUUAAGGCUUGACUGAACAACGUGGAGGACUCAGGAACUGCACUGUCAGUCUUAGCCUUUCUCAUAUCAUAACCCGUACGUGUGUAUGCGUGUUCGUGUAAGGAAUGAGGAGAGGUGGGGAAGGAUCCGUGGAUCAUUCAGGUGCUGUAGUUGAAUCUUCCCUUCCUACAGUUUAAUUUCUAUCGUUCACUCGUGUCUCAGACUUCUGGCAUCUCAGUCCUCCCCAGUCUCUUCAGUAUCCCAACAAUAUCCCAGCAGACCAGGUCCUUGCUCCUCCAGCAUUUGAUGGUGUCUGCUGAAAACGUGAAGGCACCAAGAAAGCUACUAUGCACUUGCCAACACCCAGAUGUGGUUCCAAUAUUCCAAUACUCACUCUGAACCCUGCUCCAAACUCAGGCCGAUGGGAUGUACAUCGCUGCUCAUUUGUUCAUCACAUUAUAGCAAUCUUGUCAGCACCUCCCUCCUACUUUUGCUCAGGAUGGAAAGAUACUCCUGUGGAUUUAAGCAAGGUAGAAAUGCACCCAAUAUUGGAUGACUACAAAGACAAUAACUCUACUUCUGUGCAGAAGAACUCAUUUUCACCUCUGGGUUUCAAGUUGGAAACAAGCAGCUCUUGCAUUCAGAUCAACCCCUUUUGUUCAGCCCAUCACCUGAGGACAGCCUGCUUAAUUCUCCUCUGUCACCUCCAGGACUGGGUGGUGCGUCCUGCCAGGGAGUGAACUGGCCAAGAAGCUGCUGCAGGAAAAAGUGACUCCUGACAAUUGAUUGCAGAAAUGUGUUGUGGGACCUUCUAACAGGUAAUUCAGUCUAGAAAGAUAAAAUACUUCAACCGAACGUGGACUGUGAUGCAUGCCACUGUUUUCCUCUGUUGAUACGAUGUCAGAUGUCCUUCCCACCUCCCUUAGCUACGGAUGACUUUUCCUCGUGGUGUCUGAAAAGAUCAUGUAGAAUGUUUGUUCCCUGUAUGCAUGUAACCUAUUUGAGCCCCGUCCUCUUAUUUAUGCAAGUAGCACCUUCCUCCCCUGGCUCCCUUUCCCCAGUCUCUAUGCUGCCCUAGCACCAUUAACACUGCAUUAAACAUAUGGAAUAAUAAACUUAAAAGUUUCAUUUUCAUGUCUCUGGAUUUUUUUCACCACUUUCCUGAAAGUCUCCGAUUUUUUUCCCCCAGUAAAUCUGUCACGUCACCAGACCACCACACAGAUCCCGUGCAUGGCUCUCCUUGGCCCGUCAUUGAGAGGACACAGCUCCAACUGGCUUACUGUGCUCCCUCAUGGAGACGAAACUCAUCUUCUGUUCAUAAGCCAGCUUGAGUCAUUUCUUCCAUGGGAUGCUGUUCCUAAGCUAAAAUUCAGCCCAUGCCAUGAAGAAGAGCACUGCUUUGCAUGCGCUUCGCCCAAGAAUUUCUUAAUAUCAUUACUGAUUAUCUACUGAAUAGGAGUGCGGAGUUUCUCCUCUCAGUUCCUCAUCUCUAGGUUGCCAUAAGUUAGUCAGGAAAACCUUCCCUACAUCUAGAAAAUGAUGUAUUUUGGAAACCUUUGGGAAGCAACCAUUGGUUUCUUUGUAGAAACUCAACUCCUCUUGUUUUCCAGAGGUAAGAACAUAAAUACACACAGAGCAUAGUCAAGAACAGAGGUAUGUAACUUAGCUGUUGCAAGGAAACAUGUUGGUCAGUCAGAUCCUGGGAGACUAUCUGAAGAGUUGCGGAAAGAAAAUGUGCAGUGGGUAUUGGCCUGCUUGAAAACAUCUCUCAAGGCCAGUGGGAAUAAGGUAGGAUUACACUGAACAAAAAACUCCACAAAAAUUAAAAAAUAGGUUCCAAGGCUUCAAAGCAAAGACGUGAUCUGUUCUGUGAGUUUGUGUUCACUGAAUGCUCAAUGGAUGAGUAGAACAAGCAGGAGGACUAGGAAAUGCAGAGCGCUCAGCACACUUUAGAUGAGGCCAUUAUAGGGCCAAUGGCUUAAUGACGUGUAAAAACAGUGAUGCCAAGCUAAACAGUUCUGUGCAAAAUAGGACUGUGACCACUCAACGGAGAGGAGAGAUCUCUACCCCUAUUCCAUUCUAUGGAAUGUGGGAAAGGCCCAGAUGGGAACUACUGUGCUGCUGAACAGGUUCAUGAGGAGGGAGUAAGGGGAGCCAUGGCAGAGCUAGGGUAGAAGAGCUGAUCACAGGGGAGGAAGGGAGAAGGACCACGGUGUGAGUGAAUAGAAGACCGGGAGAAGAAAGUUCUUAACCAUACACUCAUACCCUUCUCCAGUUCUUCCAACGAAGAAAGCAAGUGGGCUCCACAUCAACAGUCCUCCAACGGAAGGGGAUGCCUCCUCUCAACCAAGAGUGCCCCCACAAGUAGAACACCGCUGGUAACAGAGGGGUUAACCAUUCCUCCCGCAGCCUCGCAGGAGCUGGCCCAGCAUCCUUCCCUAUCCCUUUAAUCGUAUCUGAUACAGAUGCAGGGCUGGGGAGGGGAGGC